UCGUUCUCUGGUAGAAUUGUUCCUCAACAAUGGAAGCAACAAAAGCUCCCCCAGAUUCCUCAUCGGCGGGCUUCAGAUUAUUUGCCAUUAAUAAUCUCCAGCCUCUGCUUAAAUUCGCCUCGUUUUUACCUCUCUUGCCGCCACCGCCAUGGUUCUCCAGCAGCCAAUUCGCUUUCCAAACGUCGCCGGCGCCGCAGCUGCUUCGUCUCCGACAAAGGAACUCGGGAAUUCCUCUGGUAAAUUCGUUCAAUUGCGGCGGUGGAGGGCGAAAAACAGAGUAUUAUCAUCUGGAUUUUGCGAUCGGAGUCAGCUGCAGUAUUAUAAAUGUAGCUUCGAUUCCGCCGCCUCCACGGUGCAGGAUGCGGAGGUGGAGGGGGUUUCACGGCGGCAGAUGAGUGGUAAGGAGAAGUCGGUGAAGAAGAUGAAGAAGAAGCAAUUGAAAUUGCUCAAGAAAUUGAAACUGCUUGAUCGUAUGAACGGAAACAUGAUCACGGAGCAACUGCAGAAGGUGAAGGCAGAAGAGAAAGAAGCGAGAAGAAGAACGAAAGAGGAGAAAGCAGUAGCAAAUAGUGAAAUGCCAUCAUCUAGUUCUUCGUCUGAAUCCAGCGACAACGAAUGUGGGGAAGCCGUUGGCAUGAGCGGCGCAAAGGUGAAGAGGCUUCCGAUCAUAACUGAGGCUGCUCCGGCCCCUGUUUCUCCAUCGAAGAGGAUUGAAGUGUGUAUGGGAGGGAAGUGCAAGAAAUCGGGGGCCGGGGCGCUGCUGGAGGAGUUCAGGAGAGCUGUGGGGGCUGAAGAGGCAGUCUCAGGGUGCAAAUGCAUGGGGAAAUGCAGGGAUGGCCCAAAUGUCAAGCUUGUGGGGCCCGCAGCGGCGGACUCUCUGCGCAUCGGAGUUGGAUUGGAGGAUGUGGAUGUGAUCAUGGCGAAGUUCUUUGAUGAACAUCAGCAGCAGCAGUAGCUAGGCUUUGCUGGUGUAUCUUGAAAUAGUUACCUAAAAUGUGCAGUGUGGUUUUUUUUUCCAGUUUUUGGAUAGGAAAUAUAUUAGUAAACUGUAUAUACUGAAUUUCCUUGCAAGAAGUUUGCAUAAGUGAUCAUAUUCA